CGCGGGAGGAGGGGCUCGGGGCAGCCCCGGCGGCGGCGGUGUCGCCAUGGCGACAACGGAGGCGCCGCCAUGGAGGUGACGGGCGGGCGGUACUGCGGCGGCACCGUGCGCGGCAGGAUGGAGGGCCGGGGCUCCUACACGCUGCCCACCGGCACCGAGUACCGGGGCGAGCUGAAGGACGGGAUGUUUCACGGCGAGGGCGUGCUGCUCUUCCCCGGCGGCGGCAGAUACCAGGCGGUCUGGCACCGCGGGGUGCCCACUGAGGGGACAUACACUUUCGCAGAUGGGCUCGAGUACAAGGACGAGAACUGGCAUUACUGCGACGGCUACGACAGGAGGUUUUACACAGAAAUCUGCUCCGGCCUCAAGCCCGCAGGCAUUUCUCAGCUUACAAAUCUAGAUCCUCCUAGAAAAAUCCCAGCAGGAUGUUACGACUGUGGUGAUGGAUUCUAUAACCCUGAAACCAGAAUUGUCGUUGACUACAAACUGAGGUUUCUGAGAAACGCAGGUAUGAUUAACUUCUGCAAGGUAAAUUUCAGUAAGCGUAUUUGUCGUAUCUUCUAGGAUGUGUGAUUAAAACUGAAGUUUUUUUUAAAGUCCAUGAUUGGGUCCUGUUAUCACUGAGCUAAAAUAUUUCUUAGGUUUUAAUUUCAUCAGCUAUUUAUGUAUCCCCAGAGUUGUACAAAUCAUAUUUUGCAAAAUUACAGUGAAGUAAUACCUAAAGUUUAUUACCACUGAAUAUCUUAAUCUCAGGAAAAUCAAUUCCUUCCAUUACAAUCUCAAGCAAAGGAACGGUACUGAGAUGUACAUCAUUGAUCCUGAAAACUAAUAAACUCUGUUGCGAUCAGCAAAGAGCUUAA